AUGUCUAAAGCCCCACUCGUCCCUUCACUGUCCAACUCUCGCUCAAGUGAACUGAUGUCCCCAGAGCUCUACUCCCUUUGGGCGCAGUCGGACCGCUAUCACAACUCGUUCCUCCUCAAACCCGACCCGAUCCUCGACGCGGUGCAAGAGCACACCAAAGCCAGAGGCGUCGACUACGAAAUCGCAGUGAGCCCUGCCCAGGGUAAGUUCAUGAACUUGCUCUUGCUCUCCAUCGGUGCAAAGCGAGUAUUGGAGGUGGGUAGUUUGGGCGGAUACUCCGCUAUUUGGAUGGCUCGUGCCCUGCCCGAAGACGGCGAGGUAGUUGCACUCGAGCUUGAAGAGCUCCACGCAAAAGUAAUCGAGGAGAACAUCAACUCCGCUGGACUCUCCAACAAAGUCCGUGUCGUUGUUGGCCGUGCGCUUCCCUCAUUGCAAGCUAUGCCCGACUCAGAGCCCAAGUUUGACUUCGUUUUUAUCGACGCGGACAAGGAGAGCAAUGUCGACUAUUUCAUUCAGGCCAAGCGAUUGACGCGCAAAGGCGGUAUAAUUAUGGUGGACAAUGUUGGUCGGCGUGGUCGCCUGGUAGACCCAGAGAAUACCGAGUCCAGCGUCGAGGGCACUCGUGCAUUGCUCCGAUAUAUCAAGGACGACAAAGAUGUCGAAGCGACAACCAUCCACACCGUAGGAGAGAAAGGAUUCGAUGGUUUCUUGUACGCAUUCUUAAAGUAG